CCUCAACAGCCCUUAUCUUGUCUCAUCACCACCAGCACUGUACUGCACUGUGCAGAGUCGACUCCUCACGAUGUUCAACAACUCGUCUCGUAUGAAUUUCGGAAAUGCAAACUUGAGCAUCGUUCACGGAAAUCAGAACAAUAUGUACUAUCUGCAGCACGAACAUCAAGUUGCUGGUCCGGGGGAGGAAGAAUGGAAAGUGAAGUUGCAUCGGGAGUAUGACCGAUUUCCUGCAGGGAGAAUCAAGAUUCUCGAAACUUUCACUGAAAAUAGAGUGUGGCGAGGAGAAUAUGAAGACGAAUCUGUAAAUCUCAGUUGGGACGAAAGAUGGGACAGCUCGAGAGCGAAACGGACCACACACCUGGCUUGUCUUGUCAAAGGGAUGAAAGAGUCUUUGCCUUUCUUCAGUAUCGCAUACACUGGACCCGAUGCACAGAAGGUAUUUAAGCGGGAUUGUCUCAGAUAUUCACGAAACCGGUAUGGAAACGUCGCACAGCUACGAGGUUUUAAUGACUCGGAUAUUCCAAUGGUUUUAUUUCACGAAGAACUCAUUCCAGUACAACAUAUUCAACGGCACCAUAAAUACUCAACGGCUCUGCAAUGCUAUCUCUCUUUCCAAGCCUCCAUCGCAAUGCACAACAUGCCUGAAUGGUGUCGGACGGAGCGGAUUAAUUUAUAUCACUGGUACCAUGUGUGGAUUCAACCAAGAAAUGGAAGAGUAUCUUUCGGCCCAGCCGGACCAAGGCCUGAUUUCUUUCCCGUCGGCGCCUAUCCUGACUGGCAGCUCAAAAGUUGCUCGGACAUUCCGGUUCUUCACCCUGCGACGUACAACGCCGAUUGUAUUACCGAGCACCUGAUCAAGUAUUGCCCGGAUCAUUUCUUCUUGGACGUUCUCGCGUCCACAGGCACACGGAGCAACAUGUAUCCAAAAACAGAAGACUGGCCGCGUCAUACAUGUCAUGUUUGGGAUCGCUUUUCUGGCCGAUCGCUUGCAAGAUUCCGGUCCGGAUGGACGUACAAAAUAGAUUUUUCAUUUGCUGAAGAGCUUCUCCACUCAGUCACGAUGGAAGAUGGAAGGACACGCUUUUCUAUAAAUUCGGCGACAGCUUGGUUGCAGAUGCAAGAAGAAAUUCCUUUCGGGUUCACAUAUGAAAUAGAUUUGCCAUGGCAUCAGCAACGUCACGGAUGGCUAUCUCAAGCGUGCAGCAUUUUCAACACGCUGAAUAUACCAAAGGAUAAAUGGUCAGACUACCAUUUCGUUGACUUGGUUUACUUGGGCCUCAAUCUCGGUACCUUGGACCAUGACGUUGAAGGGGACUUUGACGCGAUUACCCCCAAUAUUGCCAAUGAAUCUAACUAUUACCUGUUUCUACUUCCUCCUCCUCCGUCCCUUCCUGGUGGAUUUCCCGAUAUACACGCAUGGAUGUCAGGGAAGAAUUUGUACUAUUAUUCCUUGGAUCCUAACGGGAAAUCAGUCAUGACAGAAACCCAAUGUUUGUCAUUUCGGCUCCCUCCCAUUGUUCCAAAUUUUACAUUUCGCGGAUAUUCCUGGAACUCUGAUGUGUACGAUUUAAUCUCGGCAUGGCAAGAGAAGAAAGGUUUCGAUCCCACCACGACGGAGUUCACUCGUUCCUUGGGCUAUCCUAUCAUGGAAGUAAUAUAUUCUAUGGAUGACGGACGUUUUGAGGAUCUCUUCGAAAACACAGAUUCACUAUCGUCUCAUACGGACAGGGUCGGUACUGGACACGAGCGAGCCAUGGACAUAGACAUGCCGACACCUUUUCCCCACCUGCCAGGUAUCGGUUCAGUGUCCAAUCAGUUCCAACCCACAGGCGACGAUGAGAUGAUAAUGGUUAAUGACUCCUCAUUCAUGGACACAGCCAUGGAAGUAGACUAAAAG